AUGGCCGAUCUCUAUCGAAUUGAACAAGGGGAGAAUGAACAUCCAAAGGCAUACUUACAGCGUUUCAUUGACCUCGUGCAUCAAAUCCACGACGUCGACCCACUCACCGCAGCAAAUCUCUUCGUCAAAAGCUUGCAGGUGGGGUCACUCUUGCAUGAGAAUCUCACUAUGACACCACCAUACGACAUGGCAGACGUGCAGACCCGAGCCGAGGGCGUCUUCAGGGUAUUAGAAUUUCGAGAGCGCGCACAGAAGAAGACUGCACUCAUCUCUGCUCCCCCAGCGAAUAAUCCUCCACCACCUGCCAGGGAUGACAAGAGGAAGCGGAACCAAACAGAUCAUACGAAGGAAGGAAAAAGGCCUAGACAAGAUCGACAGCCAUCGCGAUACUGUCUCUUCCACAAAGAUCACGGUCAUACGAUCGCUGAAUGCCACAAUCUGAACAAUCAGAUCCAAGCCCUCAUGAGGAGUGGGCGGCUUACCCAAUACAUCAAGGAGACAGACAGACCAGGCACCUCGCGGCAAAACACAACUUCUGCCCCCACUCCGCAGGCGUCAGACCCCGUACACACAGCCUCUGACAGCACCCUGGAGCCUCUUAAACAAGUCCCUAUGAUCCACGGAAUCGUAGAACCCACCGAUAAUCAAGAGCAUGCAAUUAAAAUCCAUAAGAGGAUGGAAGAACGAGUGAAGCGGUACAAAUCGUUAGGCCACGUGGUCAAUCUCGUCACUUUAGAAGAAAGAAGCUACACAGCCUCUGCUAUCACCUUCACUGACGAAGACCUGAAGGGCGUCCACCUGCCUCAUGACGAUCCACUCGUCAUUUCCUUACAAGUUGACCACUGCCAGCUGGGCAGAGUUCUGAUCGAUGGGGGCAGUGGGGUCGACAUCCUCUUCUGGGAAGCCUUCCAGAAAAUGGGACUGGAGGAGAGUCAGAUCCGACCCUCCACCAUGCCCGUUUUGGGUUUCAAUAGCCAGAGAGUCUAUCCAAAGGCCGUCGUUCGGUUAACUGUGGUAGCUGCAGAACGCACCUUGCCAGUAGACUUCCUUAUUAUAGACUCCGCCACGAGCUACAACGCCAUCAUGGGGAGAGGUUGGAUCCACCGGAUGCGGGGGGUAGUCUCCACUCUGCAUCAGGUGAUGCGGUGUCAAUCGCUCAAUGGCCGAUACACCGUCGAUAUCAAAGGCUGCCAGAAGCAGGCCAAAAAGUGCUUCCUUACCUUAAAAGAAAUAAGUAGCUCUGCCUCCGCCUCCCAUGAAGACUCUCCUGACAAAUAG